GUGCGGCGGCUCGGAAAUUUAUCAGUUAUUUAUUUUUUAGAUGUUUUAAGAUAUUUUAAAAGAUGGAAGAAGACGGGGACAGCCUUAUAAUUGAAGAUAAUUAUUACCAGUUGUUGAAUGUCUCUAAAACAGCAACUCCAGAGGAAAUAAAUAGUGCAUACAGAAGAUGUUCGCGCAUGUUCCAUCCCGAUAAACACAGCACAGAUCCGAAUAAACAGAAAUGGGCUGAACAGAUAUUCAAUAAAGUGAAGGAGGCAUAUGAAGUACUUUCUGACUCUCACAAGAGAGCCAUAUAUGAUACUUUAGGUAAGAGAGGUUUGGAAGUAGAUGGAUGGGAAGUCAUAUUCCGCACUAGAACUCCUAGGGAAAUUAGGGAAGAAUAUGAAAGGCUUAAACGUGAAAGAGAAGAAAGGAGACUACAGCAAAGUGCAAAUCCUAGAGGCACAAUAACAUUGUCCAUAAAUGCAACGGACAUGUUCACAAAAUAUUAUGAUGAGUAUGAAAUUUUGGAAGAACCUUCCAUCAUACCGAGUAUUGAAGUGUCAGGGAUGACAAUCCAGCAAUCUAUAGAUGCACCAGUGACUCUUAGAAAUACUUGUACCUUAUCAGGGAAUAUAUCUACACAAAAUGGUAUAGGAACUGGUUCUGUGAAUGUCUCGAACCGCCACUUAAGCUCCGAGAGAGGAUGGACUGAAGUUGAGUGUGGUAUAGGCAACGGCCCGGUGUUAGGGUUUAAGAUAUUCCGCACCAUAUCCAGGCUUAUGUUUGUAAACUGCGGCACGGGAUUGCAGUUCACGCCCCGUGGAAUUGUACCUAGUCUUGUGUCAACAAUGGCCUUACAACUAGACGCGCAUUCAGUGGGCUACCUCACAUACAGAGUGGGCGGCCAAGGCGGGUCCUCAAUGACGUCCACAUAUGUACGUGACUCGGAGAAAUAUCACUUAAAUGCAGCUGUACAGAUUGGCAAUCCACACUCUUUCAUAUCACUGAAUAUUAUGCGGAAACUACCUCAACAUGACAUGAAAUUGAGGCUCGCUUUGAAAUUCGGCACUUUCGGUGCGAUAGCAGAAUACGGGGCGGAGAAGAAAGUGUCGCAGAAUAGCAGCGUCUCAGCUGCUGUGAUGCUUGGUGUCCCUAGUGGAGUUAUGCUCAAACUUAAAUGGUCGUGCGCGUCCCAAACGAUAGUGGUGCCGAUACACCUGUGUGAGGAGGUGAUACCGGCGCCGGUGUUCUACGCGACCGUGGUGCCGAUGGUCUCGUGGCUGAUGCUGAAGAAGCUAGUCCUGGACCCCAUCACGAGGGAGAAACAGGAAAGGGACAGGCAACGGUCCAUGGAGGCUAACUUUGAAAGAUUGCAAGAAAUGCAAAGACAAGCCAGAGCAACAAUAGAACUAAUGAGAGAGACGUAUUCGAGAAAUCGAGGCGAUGAAGAAAAGAAGAAGGGUCUUGUUAUCAUCAAAGCUUUGUAUGGAAAAAUGCCCUCAGGUGCAUCAAACCACGAGACAGGGGAAGAGAUGGGUGACGGAGCACCCGAGUCACCAAGCGCUUACAGCGAAGUGAUAGACGUCACUAUACCGCUGCAGUGUUUGGUGAGAGACUCCAGGCUGGAACUACUGGAGGCUAGCAAGUCUGAACUCGCGGGUUUCUACGACCCGUGCGUGGGUGAGGACAAACACCUAACAGUGCGGUACAUGUUCCACAAUAACUUGCAUCUCUGCACCGUCACGGAUACACAAGCGCUCAUUCUUCCCAGGAAUUCGCAUCGAAUAAAAAAUAGAUCCUGAUUGUACCGGCGCGCCCCCAACAGCUCCCGCAAGCUGUCAGCGGCGCAUCAGAGCUCUGCGUGUGUGAAUCAACGCAUUGGCUCUCAAUAAAUCAAUUAAAGUACCCAAGUUACGAUCAAUUUGCGCAAAAUAAUAACCGCCAAUAGCCACUCGAAUAAAUGACGCUAAAAACCAAUCGGCCAAUCGCAAAGCGCGGUUUUCAUGCGUCGUUCUGAUUGGCUAGAGUAACGCAAUAUCGUAACUUACACUGGGACUGAUAUCGUGACGGAUCUGAAUGACGUUGUUCAA